CCGGCCGGAUUCUGCGCGCGGGUGGGUGAGCGUGGGGGACCAUGGCCCUAUGGACCCCGGGCACUGGCGGGCGGGGAAAGGUGACCGCUCGCACCCCUGACCUGGUGCAUGCCUUUCUGGAACCCCUUUCCACGACUCUCCCCUCCCACCCGCGGGACAAAGGGCGGGGGCGGGGGCGCAUCCCCACGCGUGACCUCCCCCCGCACUGCGCACGCGUCCAGCCCCACCGCCCUGGGGGAGGGCCCCGUCCACCCACGCGAGCGCGAGGUCGGGGAGGCACCCGGCGUGGGCAGGACGCCCACCCACGCUUGGAGGUGGGGCCGGCUCCCCCGCACCUACCGCUCCUUCCCGCCGUGAUGAGGGUCCUUCCCAUUCGGGCCGGGUGUCCCUGCUGUGGGCCCCGCGGGAGCCCAGCGUCUCAGCCCGCAGCGUCCUCACUCCCUAGUGCCCUGAGGCGCUCUGCCGGCCACUAGGAGACCCGCUGCCAUGAGUGACAGAAACAGCCGGAGGCGGCCACUGAAGGACGAUGAGGCCUUCGAGAUCGACAUCCCCUUCGCCGACGCGCCCCGCCUGGACUCCCAGAUCUUCUACAGCCUGAGCCCCUCCCGGGCGAGCUUCGAGGAGCCCCCCGAGGCGCCGUCCCCCACGCGGGCCCUGAUGAACGGCGUCAAGGCCCAGCUGCACAUGGCCCUGGAGAGGAACUCCUGGCUGCAGAAGCGCAUCGAGGACCUGGAGGAGGAGAGGGACUUCCUGCGCUGCCAGCUCGACAAGUUCAUCUCCUCCGCCCGCGGGGACGCAGAGGACCACUGUCGGGUGAAACCUGGGCCCCGGCGGGCGGAGGGGGACAGCCGGGCUGGUGCUGGGGGCGAGGCCUCGGACCCGGAGUCGGCAGCCUCCUCGCUCAGCGGAGUGUCUGAAGAGGGCAGCGCAGGCGAGAGGAAGAGGCAGAGGCAGAAGGGAAGCACCGGUCGGAGGCGCUUCGGGAAGCCGAAGGCGCGGGAGAGGCAGCGGGUGAAGGACGCGGACGGGGUCCUCUGCCGCUACAAGAAGAUCCUGGGCACCUUCCAGAAGCUGAAGAGCAUGUCGCGGGCCUUCGAGCACCACCGCGUGGACCGCAACACCGUGGCGCUGACCACGCCCAUCGCGGAGCUGCUCAUCGUGGCGCCCGAGAAGUUGGCCGAGGUGGGCGAGUUCGACCCCUCCAAGGAGCGCCUGCUCGAGUACUCGCGCCGCUGCUUCCUGGCUCUGGACGACGAGACACUCAAGAAGGUCCAGGCGCUCAAGAAGAGCAAGCUGCUGCUGCCCAUCACCUACCGCUUCAAGCGGUGACCGCCCGCCCGCCGCCCCGCGUGCCUCUCCCCUCCGGCGGACCCCUGUCCUAGCAUCCUCCCCUUUCUCCUCCGUGGCCCAGGGGCUGGGUCUGGAGCAAACUGCUGUUCCCGAGCACCGCAUCCCCCUCCCAUGGGGGCCCUUUCCUCCGGACAGCCCUGGGCGCCUGCACCCCAGCCUGGGAGGCCAGCCCUGCCCUGCCUCCCCGUACGCCGGGACCACCCCCGUUCCACGUGAGACAGAGUUACUCAGAGCAUUUAAAUUAAAAGACACGUGAAAAUUUGGA